AUGGGUCCCGAGCUUCCACCGCAAAAAGCCAACGAGUCGGAGUUCAGCGGCAAGGAGUUGCCAUACGAGAUUGUCAACGGUGUGCCGUGUUAUCAAGAAGGACAUGUUAUCGACGGGAUGGUUCAGAUUUUCGAGCGAAUUGGCUACAAUGAUCGCGUUGGCGGCACAUAUUUGGGCAUCGGCGGAGACGGAAAAGAGUUGGUUGUGCGCGUUGGGCCAGCCGAGCAGGCGGCCAACAUUGUUCGAAUGGAGGCGGCGUUUUUGUGCAAGGUUGAAGCUGCAAACGAUUGGCGAUACUUCUCACAAGUGCACAAGAUCUUCCAAACCGAUGACGCUUUCCACAUGACACUCUACUUUCGAGGUGGUCCCACUUUGGAACAGUGUUUCCAAUUCCGAAAUCGAAGAUUCACUUUGGGAACUGCCGGACGACUUGCCUCCGAUGUUUUUGACAUUAUUCGAUGCGCUCACAAACACGGUUAUUUGGUCCGCGACGUCGAUAUGAACCUUUUCCAUUUUGACGCCGCCUGGCGUCAUCUCUUCAUGGCGGAUAUCUCAUCAUUGGUCAAGGAUAUUGCCAAAGGUGGUGGAUUGUGUGUGUCCACGCCUGUCGCUGACUAUGUCGGAUCUAGCGACUUUGCCCCACUGCGGUCUCACCUGGGCAAUAAGGUCGGCGCCCGUCAGGAUCUUGAAUCAUGGUUCUUCCUGUUCAUCUAUAUGGCUCGCGGCGGUUUAAACUGGGAUUGGGCACCAAUUGAUAAGGUUGUUGAGCUCAAAGAGCAGAUGAUCAAAGAUGGAAGUCUUGUGGAGCUUCUCCCACCACAAUUCGAGAAGAUCUUCAAGAUCAUCUACAAUGGCGACGAAAUCUCGCCAGUAAAAGAAUCAGACUACGACGAGAUUUCGAAAUUAGUUGAAGAGGUCUACCGAGAUGUCGGCCAAGUAAAGGAUCUUGAGGAGAAUCUGGACUUCGAGAGAGAACCAACUCCUGAUGAGAUUCCAAGACUCGUGAUGUGCCGCGACGAUGAGCUUUAA